AUGUUCUAUUUCGGGUUCACCCAGGCAGCCAGAAUGCGUGCAUGGGAGGCUCGCGCGGUGGGGUUCUCUGUUAAAAUACGCCUCGCAGAUCGGGUCCACUUUCUCGCCUCUACCGCCGUAAGUUACCACGCUGUUCCUGGCUGCGACGACUACUCCCGGCCACGUCUCAGGCGCAACCUCCGACACCGACACAUGAUGCUGGCUGCGUGCUCGGAAGUCGUCGGGCUACUCAUACCUUGGCUGGGAAAGAUGUGGUGGGCAUCUCUUGGUACCUCGCUAGUCCACAAACUCAGACGGAACCACCAGUUGUAUUCUAGCAAGAGCCAGGUCCUGUCAGGUACACGCGCGUGGGAACUUCGCACGCCCUCCCCUCGCGCCCCGCAUCAACACUCGCCAGACACAUGCUCUGCAUUAUUGAUCCGCACCUCGCACAACACCAGCGAACUCGGCAUCGACCUCUACGCCCGUAUGCUAGAUAUACUUGCGCCUCCCCGUAGCUCGCACUCGCAGUGCCAUCUACCCUUCCGACUCCGUUACAUGCCACAUCUCGGGGCCAGCCAACACACGUCGUUGAAACACCCGAUCUGGGAUGAUAGCUUCUCCUUCAAACGUGUCAGCUUGGGCGGUGACGAGUGUGACGGAGUGUAUCGUAUCGUGAGAAUGCUGUUCGUUGUCUGUACUCCACACCGCUCCGACCUUGGCCAAGCUUUCAGCGAACACUAUCCUCACCCUUCACCAGCCUUCUCCCAGCGGACUCCGAAAAGUAAACUCACGGUCAUGCCAGCAUGCAGUGAUACUUCACUACACCUCGCAUUCUUUAUUUACUGUAGAACUAAUCAACCACGACUUCUGUACACCAAUCGAGGUUUCGUUUCCAGUGAAUGGAUCUUCGGCUUAGCGCAUGGUGGCGAGUACAGAUGUACAUCUAGCCAGGUACCCAAUGAAAGCUGCCACGUUGAGACGUCAGACAUUAUUCUUUUUCUCUCUUCUGCUGCAGCCACCACUCACAAAUGUCGCAAUGGUCUUGCAGGAGGGGGCCUGAAUCGCAAUGAAGAUGGUGAUCGUGCCGGCGCUGACUCGUCGCGACCAGCCAUCCAUCUCCCUCCCUCGCUUGCGGCGGCUUUUGACACAUGCAUUUUCCUGACAGGAGGAUUUCUAAUCAGGGCGCGCCGGCUUCCGGGAACCAACAUAGUUUGUGAGGAUGGCGAGGCUCACGACACGGUCGACACCUUGCUACACCUGCAGCUCGAAGCAAUAUCCGUUUGCGGGUUGGUAGCGAAACGGAAACAGUCUGGUGCUCGCACCGCAGCGCUGAAGAAAAUUGUUGCAUAUUCGUGCCGCUCAAAGAGAUUGGUUGACGAGAGCAGCAGUGAAGUCGAAAAAGAGUUGGUCUCGUCUCUUUCACUUUCAUUAUCACAUGGAUCUUGCCCGACGAUAGACUAUUCUACCGUUGUCAAGACUAAACAUCUCCUCGUGUCACCAGCCUUCUUCUCCUUCUCUCAGGAACAUGAAUCGUCACAAAAGCUUGACUACAUUCGCAACGUCGCCGCUGCAUGCCACUGA